GACUGAAAUUGAGGUUCUUAUUUAAUCCUAUUCUCUUAUCAUUUAGCUGCUAACUCAUAGUAACGACUUUCAAAAAGUCACGGAAUCUAUACCCCAAUUAAUGGAAGGCCUUCAACUUAUCUGGGUACUAUCAGGAUACUAUAAUACUGACGAAGUUAUGGUUCCGUUUAUGGAGAGAAUAGUAUGGUGUCUAUUAGAAAAGGUCAGAAAUGCGCUAAACAAUGAAAUGUUAUUCAGACAUCCCAUUGAUACGGUAAGAAAAUUAACCAAUGAUGCAAGGGAAAUGUUAGAAACGUGGCAAACCGCCUAUUUAAAAACUCGGCAAAAAAUUGAAGAUUCCGGAAAAGGUCAACGUUGGGAAUUUGAUAAGAAGAAGCUUUUCGGUGCAUCUAAUUACAUGGCUCGUGUUUGUAGAGAUCUGAAUGAAGUGGCUACGAUCAUCUAUCAGUUUAAAAAUAUUUUUGGACCUGAGCUGAGAUCUAUUGUCAGCGAUCCACAGAGUAUAGACAAUGUUGCUAAACGAGUUGAUAAACUGGUCGUCCAGAUUGAGAAUACUGACUUUGAUAUUUUUGAUUUAAAUAGCAGUGAGAAUUGGGAAGCGAUCAUGGGACACUUUUACAAGGAGGUGCGUCAACUUGAAUUAGAAGGUGUCAGCUUUAUUGACCAAAGCUUUAAAAUGAUUAGGUAUGUACUUGUCAAAUGUGUUUUUUCAAAAUGUGUUUAA